CGUCCGCUAAGACACAAAAAUGAAAAAAAAGCAAAAAAAUUCUGUUCCUAGACUGGAAUCGAUCCUACAUUUUCUCUACAUCGUAUGUAGGUUGUAGUCAUAAUAAAAUAUCGGAGUAGUAUAAUGUCGUAGCAGUAGUAGUACGUGGAAGUUGUGUCAACACCUUUGCCACACGGCAAACCGCACACGAUUUGUAGUGUGUACGUAGUACUUCAUGACGACGUGCAUUAUAUGUUUGUGCAUCGACGCGUCGCUGUUAUCAAUAAUAACUUUUAAGCAAUUAACAUUAACAUGCUGUAAUUUGAUAUUUUUAUAUUCAUUAUUUUCAAUAUUGCUUUCUCUUUUUUCCGCUUUUGCCGAUUGAGGGAAGCGUAAUAUACCUUUCGUGGUAUUCUCGUUUCUUGUGAUUUCUCGUUCGUGUUGGUCGAUUGAACAUGAGUAACGCUCCUGAAAAAGAUUUGGCCAGUCUGGAGCAGCAGUUGGCUGCUCCAGACUUGCAAAAUACAUAUGCAAAAAAACAAGGAUCUACUUCUGUUCUCAAAAGUAAGAAAACGGAAACCAAAAAGAAUGAAAGAGCCCCAAAACCGCAAAAGUCUGUUGAAGACAAUAGUAAACAACAAGGAAAGUUUGUGGAAUUACCGGGAGCUGAAAUGGGAAAGGUUGUUGUUAGAUUUCCUCCAGAAGCAAGCGGAUAUUUGCAUAUUGGUCAUGCAAAAGCUGCUCUAUUAAAUCAACACUAUCAAUUGGCUUUUAAUGGACGUCUUAUAAUGCGUUUUGAUGAUACAAAUCCAGCAAAGGAGAAGGAAGAUUUUGAGAAGGUUAUAUUAGAAGACGUUAAUAUGUUAAAAAUUAAGCCCGAUACUUUUACAUAUACUUCUGAUCAUUUUGAUAAAAUGUUAGAUAUAUGUGAGAAUGGAAUGUUGAAAGAAGGCUUAGCUUAUGUGGAUGACACGGAUGGAGAUAAAAUACGUUUGGAACGCGAGCAAAGAAUAGAUUCAAUAAAUCGAAACAACUCAAUUGAGAAGAACCUAGAAUUGUGGAAACAAAUGGUUUUAGGUACAGAAAUCGGUCUUAAGUGUUGUGUUCGGGCUAAAAUUGAUAUGCAAUCUGCAAAUGGAUGUUUGCGAGAUCCAACAAUAUAUCGUUGCAAGCCUGAACACCAUCCUAGAACUGGUGAUAAGUAUAAGGUAUAUCCAACUUAUGACUUUGCUUGUCCUAUUGUGGAUAGUUUUGAAGGUGUUACUCAUUGUUUACGUACCACAGAGUAUACUGAUCGCGAUGCUCAAUAUUAUUGGUUUUGUGAUGCAUUAAAGCUUGGUACUCGCAGCAAUGAAACCCGACCUUAUGUGUGGUCGUAUUCAAGAUUAAAUAUGACUAAUACUGUUCUAUCGAAACGAAAGUUAACUUGGUUUGUUGAACAAGGCCACGUAGAUGGAUGGGAUGAUCCACGAAUGCCGACUGUCCGUGGUGUCUUCAGGAGAGGAAUGCAGGUGGAAGCAUUGAAACAAUUCAUAGUGGCCCAAGGAUCUUCCAGAACUGUUACAGCUAUGCAAUGGGAUAAAAUUUGGUCAUUGAACCGCAGUAUCGUUGAUUCAAUAGCACCAAGACAUACUGCUUUGUUAUUAUCCAAUUCAAAUAAAGAAAAUGUAGCAUUAUCUUAUCCACCAGUUGAAGUUGUUGUAGAGAAUGUUGAAAAACCAUAUAAAAUUGACAAUGUCCCUAAACAUCCUAAAAAUUCUCAAUUAGGAUUAAAGAAUUGUGUCUGGGCCGCACCUAAAAUUCUUAUAGAUUAUAGUGAUGCAGAGUUAUUAGAAGCUGGACGAAGAGCAACAUUUAUUAACUGGGGAAAUCUCCUGAUAAACCGUAUAGAAAGGAACCAAAAUAAUAAUAAAAUAGAGAGAAUUCAUGCAGUGUCUGAUCUUGAAAACACAGAUUUUAAAUCUACAGUCAAAGUUACGUGGUUACCAAAAACCGAUUAUUCAGAAUCUGAAGAAGUUUUGCCUAUUCUGGUACCAGUUGUUUGUGUUUAUUUUGAUCACUUAAUUAGUAAAGCAGUAUUAGCCAAAGAUGAUGAUUUCAAGCAAUACUUAAAUACAGAAAAUAGUCGUUGGGAAUUGCAAAUGAUAGGUGAUUCAGAGUUGAAAGAUUUAAAAAAAGGAGAUGUGAUUCAGUUACAACGUAGAGGUUAUUUUAUAUGUGAUUCUACAUACCAGCCAUACAGCAUUCACACGGGAAAAGAAACGCCACUAGUAUUGUUUAACAUACCUGAUGGUCACACUAAAUCAGCAACUCCAAUAACUACCGUUCCUUUACCAAUCACCACAAGUAAUAUUAAGAAAAAUACAAACAAGAACAUUGACACUGUAAUUAGCCAGAUAAAUGAUCAAGCUAAUAAAAUACAUGUUAUGACGGCUGACUUAGAAGAAGCUGGAAAAGUCUUACAUGCAUUAAAAGCAGAAUAUAAAAGUAUUGCUGGAGUUGAUUUUCCUUCAGGUGGUAUUCCCACACCACAGCUAGUCAGUAACACUAAUUUGGAUCAAAGUAAACCUUCUGUAGAUGCAAUAGUUGUGAAAAUUAACGAACAAGGAGAUAAAGUGCGAUCAAUGAAAAACAGUAAAGCUUCUAAAGCAGACAUUGGGGAAGCUGUCAAAGUCUUGCUUGCUUUGAAAGCAGAGUAUAAAAGUAUUGCUGGGGUUGAUUUUCCUGCAGGUGGUAUUCCCACACCACAGCUAGUCAGUAAUGCUGAUUCUGAUCAAAGUAAACCUUCUGUAGAUUCAAUUGUUGUGAAGAUUAACGAACAAGGAGAUAAAGUGCGAUCAAUGAAAAACAGUAAAGCUUCUAAAGCAGACAUAGGGGAAGCUGUCAAAGUCUUACUUGCUUUGAAAGCAGAAUAUAAAAGUAUUGCUGGGGUUGAUUUUCCUUCAGGUGGUAUUCCCACACCACAGCUAGUCAGUAACACUAAUUCUGAUCAAAAUAAACCUUCUGUAGAUGCAAUAGUUGUGAAAAUUAACGAACAAGGAGAUAAAGUGCGAUCAAUGAAAAACAGUAAAGCUUCUAAAGCAGACAUUGGGGAAGCUGUCAAAGUCUUACUUUCUUUGAAAGCAGAAUAUAAAAGUAUUGCUGGAGUUGAUUUUCCUUCAGGUGGUAUUCCCACACCACAGCUAGUCAGUAACACUAAUUCUGAUCAAAAUAAACCUUCUGUGGAUGCAAUAGUUGUGAAAAUUAACCAACAAGGAGAUAAAGUGCGAUCAAUGAAAAACAGUAAAGCUUCUAAAGCAGACAUUGGGGAAGCUGUCAAAGUCUUGCUUGCUUUGAAAGCAGAGUAUAAAAGUAUUGCUGGAGUUGAUUUUCCUUCAGGUGGUAUUCCCACACCACAGCUAGUCAGUAACACUAAUUUGGAUCAAAGUAAACCUUCUGUAGAUGCAAUUGUUGUGAAGAUUAACGAACAAGGAGAUAAAGUGCGAUCAAUGAAAAACAGUAAAGCUUCUAAAGCAGACAUUGGGGAAGCUGUCAAAGUCUUGCUUGCUUUGAAAGCAGAGUAUAAAAGUAUUGCUGGGGUUGAUUUUCCUGCAGGUGGUAUUCCCACACCACAGCUAGUCAGUAAUGCUGAUUCUGAUCAAAGUAAACCUUCUGUAGAUGCAAUUGUUGUGAAGAUUAACGAACAAGGAGAUAAAGUGCGAUCAAUGAAAAACAGUAAAGCUUCUAAAGCAGACAUUGGGGAAGCUGUCAAAGUCUUGCUUGCUUUGAAAGCAGAGUAUAAAAGUAUUGCUGGGGUUGAUUUUCCUGCAGGUGGUAUUCCCACACCACAAGCAGAUAAUUCUAACUCUGAGUUAAGUAAACCUUCUUCUGCUGAUGCUGUAGUACGGCAUAUAAAUGAACAAUGUGAAAAAACAAUGUUGACGAAAAACAGUAAUACUUCAAAAGAUAAAAAAUCGAAGAAAAAAGAGAAUAUUGCUGUGGCCACUACUAAAACUUCAGAUAGUACAAACACCAAAAAAGUAACAAAAUUAGGGUUGGAAGUUCUAAAGGUAUCUGAAAACCUUGGAGAAUGGUAUUCUCAAGUGUUGGUUAAAGGCGAAAUGAUUGAAUAUUAUGAUGUAAGUGGAUGUUACGUGCUCAGGCCUUGGGCUUACAGAAUAUGGGAAUUAAUACAAGAAUGGUUCGAUGCACGGAUUAAGAGAAAGCCUCUUAAUGUGCGGAAUUGUUAUUUCCCAAUGUUUGUAUCACAAGGAGCAUUAGAAAGAGAAAAAGAACAUAUUGCAGAUUUUGCACCGGAGGUAGCUUGGGUUACCAAAUCUGGUGAAACGGAUUUAGCUGAACCUAUUGCUAUAAGACCAACUAGUGAGACUGGGAUGUAUCCAGCUUUUGCGAAAUGGAUUCAGUCGUACAGAGACUUGCCUUUGAAACUCAAUCAAUGGAACAGCGUUGUGAGGUGGGAAUUCAAACACCCUCAACCCUUCUUGAGAACUAGAGAGUUUUUGUGGCAAGAGGGUCAUAAUGCGUAUGCAACUAGAGAAGAAGCAGAACGUGAUGUAUUAAUAACAUUAGGUUAUUAUGAGUAUGUAUAUAAGAAUAUGCUGGCAGUACCAGUGAUAAAAGGUAAAAAAACUGAAAAAGAAAAGUUUGCUGGAGGAAUAUUUACUACUACUUGUGAAGCAUAUGUAGCAUCUAGCGGUCGCGCAAUUCAAGGUGCCACCUCACAUUAUCUGGGUACCAAUUUUGCUAAAAUGUUUGAUGUUCAUUUUGAACAUCCAGACACACACGAGAAAUCAUUUGUUCAUCAGAUUUCAUUUGGAAUGACAACUAGAACUAUUGGUGUUAUGGUAAUGGUUCAUGGUGAUGACCGCGGGCUGGUUUUACCUCCACGCAUAGCAUCUAUUCAAGUAAUUAUUGUACCAUGUGGUGUAGGCGUUAGCACAGCAAACGAAGUCAAAGAUAAUUUGACUAGAACUUGUUUAGAUGUAUGUAACAGAUUAAAAGGAGAUAGUCUGAUAGAAACUGAUGAUGAAAAUGACAAUAACGUUAUCCAACAUCGUAAUUCUUCCUUAAUGAUAAGAGCGGAUACUGACUUGCGAGAUAAUUAUUCACCUGGAUGGAAGUUCAACCACUGGGAGUUGAAGGGGGUUCCAUUGAGGUUAGAAAUUGGACCAAAAGAUUUGGAUCGAAACCAAAUGGUAGCUGUGCGGCGAGAUAAUGGAGAUAAACUAACUAUUCCCUUAGAGGGACGUCCAAAUGAUGGUGGAAACGACAAGAUGGUUGUAAGAAUAACCGAGUUAUUGAAUCAAAUACAACAAGAUAUGUACAAUAAAGCAGAACAGGAGAUGAAAGAAAAUGUUGUGAUAUGUCGUAAAUGGUCUGAGUGUGCUGCGCAGUUAGCAGCAAAACGUUUAUUAUUGAUACCGUUUUGUGGACGUCCUAUUUGCGAGGAUAACAUCAAACGGGAUACCACAUUGGACGAUGGUACUGCAGAUGUUGGUGCUUCGACAAUGGGAGCAAAGUCGUUAUGUGUGCCAUUUGAACAGCCCAAGGGAUCAGAUAUAUUGAAAUCCAAUGACCAGUGUAUACAUCCAGAAUGUGGGCAGCCAGCUGGGUCUUUCACCCUAUUUGGCCGCAGUUAUUAAAUUAAGAUGUUCGCUUAAUGAAACUGAAUAAUUUUUGGUUUUAUGAUUAAAACACUUAUGUUUAUGAUUCAAUACAAUACCAUCAUUUGUAAA